UGCAGAGUGCGGCCGCGGCGCAUUCUCGCGGUGCUCGGCUCCGGAGGUUUCAUUUUAGUGUCGAGCUACGUCUGAAAGGCUGUCUGAGGGAAUAUGCAGCGUUUUCUAGCGAAAAUUCCCGAAGACGUGACAGUGCAAGCUAACCGUCUCUCUGAAGUGAAACCUUACCUGCUUGGCGUGCGCAGCUGAGCUCCAGCACACCUGGAGGAGCCUCCACCCGGCCACCCGUUCCUUAAAGACUUAAAGGAGCAACAGACAAUGGCUGAUGACCAUAGAGAGCCAGCCGGGCUGGAUGGACUUCCAGAGCUGUACAGCAUCCUACGAGGGGAGGUGGCUUCUGUAACAGAAUAUGGAGCCUUUGUCAAGAUUCCAGGAUACAGGAAGCAAGGGUUGGUUCAUAAAAGUGAGAUGUCUGCCUCUCGAGUAGAUAAUCCUGCUGAAAUUGUUGAUGUUGGUGAGCAAGUUUGGAUUAAAGUCAUUGGCAGAGAGAUUCAUGAUGAUAAAGUCAAACUUUCUUUCUCCAUGAAAGCUGUGAAUCAAGGAACAGGGCGGGAUUUGGAUCCCAACAAUGUGAUGGCAGAACAGGACGCACGCAGGCGAAGGCGCUUCCAAGAUAAUACAGGUCAGAGAAUUACACUUGAGGCUGUGCUGAACACCACCUGUAAGAAGUGUGGGUGCACAGGUCACUUUGCAAAGGACUGUUUCUCACAGCCUGGGCUGCAAUACAGUUUGGUGCCAGAAGAGGAGGAGAAGGAAGAACCAGCCAGCCAGAGCACCCAAUCAGAGCCUCAGAAACGAAAGAAGGAAAAGAAAGCGAAGAAAGAGAAGAAGAAAAAAGAGCGAAAAAGAGAGAAUUCUUCCUCUGACAGUGGUGAUAACACUAAAAGAGCGAGACACUCCCGUACACAUUCGGAAAAGAAGAAAAAGCACAAGAAGCAUAAACACAAACAUAAAUGAAUGCAAUCUAUGUAAUGUCAUGGUUUUGGCUUUUUCAAAAAAAAAAGUUGUUUUUAUUUUGUGCAUGAGCAAGGACAAUGUGUCUUAGAAAACAAUGCAGGGAUGUACUUAUCAGUUUUGAGAUUUGUUUUUAUGAAAAAAAUAAACAAAGUUUGUUGGCUUCAGAAA